AUGACAAGGUGCUACGGAUCAAGCUGCUUGUCAUUUCAACCUCCCAUCUGCACCGUCUCCUUUAUGCACACCCCCGAUCGCGUCUGCAUUGUACUUUUUCGACAAAACUUUCCGGCAUGGCCUCUCAACCGGAAUCAUUUGCCAAUAGUGGCCACACCGACCAUCUUCUCUGAGCCAUCCGCUCGACCGAAGCUCUCAGGUCUGGCGUCUUUCGCGCUGUCGAGUUCCCAGGUGAUUGGAAUUUCCGAUCCCUGCAAACCUUACCCUGCACGACUCCUGCAUUUCGGCUUUGAGAACACUGAAGUCUGCGGAGGCUUGCUGGCUCGCAGCCACAGCAAUCUACCACCGCAAUUGACCGACUUGACUGACCGGCCCACGUCAUGUGACCUCCAAAACAUGUUUUGUACGCCCUUCGUUCCGCUGCACCAGGUUCAGGCCAAUUCACCUGCCGAUGAACGGCGCACUCAAUUGGUGUCUCUGACGAGGUUUGCAACAAAACGGGCACGCCCAGCCAGGCCCAAUCAUCCCCGACUCUCCACGACCGCAUCCUCCACACCACCCUCCACCUUAGUUCGCAUCUUCAGUCGAAUCCCAACGCGUGUUGUUCGCCUCACAUAUAUCCCACCUGACAGCUGUGGACUUAUUCGAAUUCGGUCAAGGGUUGCCAACCUGCAUGCAGGCGCGCCUGACCCGACAAGUCAUAAAGCCCACGCGAGUAUCAACCGAGACCAUGGUAAUUACCACUUGCCAUCUUUCAAUGCCCAUCCGACUCUCCAUAUAGCUCUUUACAACCACUCGCAUGAUAUCCACCCAGCCACUGACGAAUCGUUCCACCGAAAGCCACCCCGAAAAAAGUACGCCUUCGUCUGGACUUGCAAUACUAACAAUGUUUCUCGAUCACAGUGUUGUUGCGGACAAGGCGGUAUGACUGUGGUCAUUGAUCCUUGCCCCAACUGCCGCUAUCCACGCUGCUCUCGUUGUGCCGUCACUAGAGUCCACGAACGGUUUACAAAAAGCGAUAUCUUUGCGGAGCCUAGACACUUCUGUACAACAAACUGCAAACACUACACCGACGUGUAUAAUUCGGGAAUCGGGAACUCAAAAGUUCAUAACAGGCUGGGAAAGAAAAAAAGCAAGACUGUUGGUUUAUACUGUGGCAUUUUUCUUGAUCUCCUGGUCCCCAUCUUAGAUAUCACGAUUACACGAAGCAAUGGGGAUGGUCGGAUCACGAAUGAGAACUUGCCCGGGCACGGACAAAGUCAUGGGCAAGCCGGGGCAUUUUCUUGGCCGCCUAGGUUCUUCAGGCGAGAGCCUAUCUCGAAGAACUGGGAGAACACGGCCUGGGUUACGGCCCAUGUAGAAACUAAGCCUCCAGAAGAAACUGAGGAGGUUAUCUAUCUAACCCCGGGAGAACCCGAAGAGGAAGACCCUAUUUUUUUCCUCAGUACAGAACACAAUUGGGCAGCGGACAAAUCUCGUGUCGCACCUCUUGUUGCCUUCCUUCAGCGCGCAACGCUGGAGGAGCUCCAACAAGGACACCAUCACAUUCCGACUGAUAAUGUUGCCAUACUCGUUGACGGCAACAUUUCGAAGAACAAGGUCCAUCCACGGCAGUAUCUUGGCCCCUUGUCGGCACCUAGAUUACUAGAGGAAUUGCAAAGAAAUCGCUACCAUGAAGACGACAAGGGAGGUGACUCCAUUGACACUGAAAGUGGACAUGAAGCUGACGCAGAACGACGCCUGAUCUACGUCGUUAAUCUCAGUCGGUGGGCCGUCCUCGCGCUCGUGGGAUCUGCUCCAGAAUCACUCUACAGGCAAUUACCCGACUUCUUGCUUAAUUAUAUCCUAUCAAGACCUUCCCUUGGAGUGCAUUUUUCGACUGAUGGUCCCGAAACCUUCGUCAUGCAGUUUUCGUUUCCAUACUGGGUAUGGCGGACGUCGAAAACCUUGAUACGAGACGACCGAGCCAAAAGUUCAGACGAGGACUCCCUGAGAUCUUCACAAGAUGUCACAUUCUUACGCGCUCUUUCAGGCGCUCAAGCUGGUGGUGAGGGUGUCGACGCCAUCUACUCGAGCCACAUCAGCUGCAUUGUGACUGGGUACGAUCAGUUUCGCUGGACCUGCAUACUGCUAUGCGAGGCCUGGUUCGAAGUCGAAGUCAUUGGCUUGCCAACUCCCGAUAGCAUCGCACGAUAUGAAUGUGAGAUGCAGGAUGUGGUGGACACGUUUGGCAUGGUUGAUGUGGUAAAUGCGCUUGAAAACUGCCCGCUUUCAGAUCCUCUAGUUCGUGGAAGAAGUAUGAUGCUCGACUCAUCAACUCUAAUGUGGCUCCCUCGCCCCUAUUUUCUUCGCGUCUUUGAGGUUCGCCUGGGGCAGAUCUAUAAAGAGUUCCAAGGAAUAUUCUACAACUUUGACAAGUGGGUAAAGGGUAUCGGCGUGGAGCAUCAGCGUCUGUUGCAACGCCUGCAUAAGGCUGCGGGUGAUGAUCAGACUACCAUAAGAGUGAGAGAUGUCUUGGAUGAAUUGGACAAUUUCGAAGAUGGCAUCCUUGAAGCGGAAAGGAUAGUCAAAUCACUGUCGCAGACUGUGGAGGGGAUCGUUUCGAGCGGUGACCUGUUCAUGACGACGGACGUGAAUUACUUCCUUCAUGCGGAAGGCCGAACAGGCGACGUAUCAGCCUGUUACGCUUAUUUAUCGCAGAUACGAAGGGCAUUCACGGACCUUCGACAACUGCGCAUAAGAUUUAGGGACCUACAAACCCAAUAUGAGGAAAUGAUUAAGAAGGGAGUAGCUGCGAGGGACAAGGCCUUCCUUCGCUUUAAGUUUCGGAAAGCUCAGCCCACUCCAGAUCCAGCCCCGAUUCCCGCUUCCAUCGUUGUGCCCCAACAACCUUUGGUGGUUUGCGUCUCAGCUUGGAUGACAGUUAUUUCUCAACCGCUUGUCAACAUAGCCGCCAUCUUUGGCUGUGACGAAAUCAUCAAAUUCAGUCGCACGCCUGGGAACUUUCUGAUCUCUCUCGCUCUAAUGAGCCUGGGCAUGCCCAUCAUCAUCUGGGCUUGCAUAGGACUAACCUCUGGCGGAUUUGAAUGGUCAUUCAUCAACUGCUCUCGAGAAAGAGGGAACGCAACCAACGCGAAUCCCAAUCUCAGAGACAGCUUGCAAGAGCCGAUUGAUGGUCCCGCAACUCACCCAAUUCGUCGUGCAACAUUGCACACAAGAUUCAUGAACUGGUGGCAGAGAUACCACGUUGAGGAACGUCUGCCUUUCAGAGCGGCUGUUCCACUGGCGCCACCUCCCCAGGCGGGUGUUGAUCUCAACGUUUUAAAUUUCCGGGCUGGGGCCGAUGCAGAGGAGCAACAUCAUGCUCCAAAUCAAGCAGGGCCAGAUUCAACAGCUUGGAGGCAAGGAACACCCGCAGGCGCGUGGCUGGAAGAGACACAGUCUCAGCUUCGUCGCGAAAAUCUAGUGGACCGAUCUUCUGGACUACACGAAGAAGGGCUUGAGCUUGACGUCAGAUUAUGGUCGUCGGGCAUCCUCUUGACUAUUGAAGUUGAGGGUUACGGUGAACCCUUACUCAUGUUCUACUUCAGCUUUAAUCCCCGCGAAGGCAUUAACUCGCGAUGUAAUUCCGCCCGACCACCACCUCUUUCAAACUUUAUGCAUAGUCACCAGUUUCUUCACCACCUGAUGGUGAUUACCGUUAUCUCGCCUGAUAAACUGUUCCGCAACCACGUAGCUGUGUUUCCCAUAUUCCAAGCUCUAUGCACGGUUAGUAAGAUUCUCGAGCAUCGCCAAAACGAACAAGUAGGAGGAUGGCCCAGCACCCCAGUGCAGGAUCCCAUCUGA